AUGUCUGGUGCAAAGAUCCUGCUCCUCCUGCAGAGUCUCUCCCGUAGAAAACCUCUGGAGCCUGAAGGAGAGGUGUCAAACUUUCGCCGAUGUCUCACCACUCUGGACCUUGUGGCUCUGGGAGUGGGCAGCACGCUGGGCGCCGGUGUUUACGUGCUGUCAGGAGAAGUGGCCAGAACUGUAGCCGGGCCCAGCAUCAUCAUCGCCUUCCUUAUAGCGGCAGUGGCCUCCAUCUUUGCAGGACUUUGUUAUGCUGAAUUUGGUGCUCGGGUUCCUAAGACUGGCUCUGCUUAUCUCUACAGCUACGUGGCUGUGGGGGAGAUAUGGGCCUUUAUCACCGGAUGGAACCUGCUUCUGUCUUAUGUGAUAGGGACAUCAAGUGUUGCCCGAGCAUGGAGUGGGACUUUUGAUGAUCUCAUUGGAAAUGUCAUCGCCAACUCUCUGGGCAAACAGGCCUCCAUGGAUUUACCUGGUUUAGCUCCUUACCCAGACUUCUUUGCAGCUGGUCUUAUAAUGCUCCUGGCAGGGAUUCUUGCAUUUGGUGUUAAAGAGUCAGCUAUAGUAAAUAAGAUUUUUACAGCAGUCAACAUCCUGGUGCUUCUGUUUGUAAUUCUUGCUGGAGUCAUUAAAGGGGACAUCAACAACUGGUACAUCAGUGAGGAUGCUUUUGUAGAUGGAUAUGAGUAAGUGGUAAACAGCACAUUACUGAAUGGAACCAUCGCAUUUGGCAGUGGAGGAUUUUUCCCAUUUGGUUUUGAGGGAACUUUAGCAGGAGCUGCAACUUGCUUUUAUGCAUUUGUUGGAUUUGACUGCAUCGCUACAACAGGAGAGGAGGUUCAAAACCCUCAGAAGUCAAUCCCACUCGGCAUUGUGGCAUCCCUUCUCAUCUGCUUCUUGGCUUAUUUUGGCGUCUCUGCUGCCCUGACUCUUAUGAUGCCGUACUAUUUGCUCAGUGUUCACAGCCCACUGCCUGUGGCUUUUACGUACAUCGGCUGGGGCCCUGCAAAGUAUGCAGUAGCUGUGGGAUCCCUGUGUGCUCUGUCAACAAGCCUACUAGGAUCAAUGUUCCCGAUGCCACGUGUUCUCUUUGCCAUGGCGAGGGACGGGCUUCUCUUCAGACCUCUCAGUAAAAUGAGUGACAGGCAAAGUCCGGUCAUAGCGACUCUGGCUUCAGGAGUAGUUGCAGCUGUCAUGGCGUUGUUGUUUGACCUGAAGGCGCUGGUUGACAUGAUGUCAAUAGGAACCCUUUUUGCCUACACACUGGUUGCCAUAUGUAUUCUCAUUUUACGGUAUCAAGCAGAUCUCAGUGACGACUCUAGUUUCAGCAAAAUGGAGCCCUUUACAAUAUCAGGACUUUUACGCUCACCUUCACAAGCAACCCCUAGGACAUCAAAAAACGUGUCUGUUUUGUCUGUUUUUAUCAUCUUUUCAGCCGUCAUCCUGAGCCUCAUCAUAUCAGGGGCAGCAGACUCCCUUCAUGCCCUCGAGUGGUGGAGUUUAGUCUGUGUCUCUGUAUUUGCUCUGAUGUUGGCCCUCAUCACCAUGAUCAUCUGGAGACAACCACAGAAUACAGCCAAAGCUGCUUUCAUGGUUCCUUUUGUGCCAUUGCUUCCUAUUUUCAGCACAUUUGUCAACAUCUACUUAAUGGUUCAGCUCGGAUCAGACACAUGGAUCCGCUACGCUGUGUGGAUGGCAGUAGGUUUAAUCAUCUACUUCAGUUAUGGUGUUCAGCACAGUGUGCAGAAACAAAGGCUUCAACAUUCAAACAACCAAGUCAGUAUUCACAGCAUCACCACCACCAUGGAGGAAAACUCUGAACCUGGACAGGAUUCUUAUGGUUAG